AUUUUCUCUUGGUAUUUCUAGAGAAAUAGAAGCCUAGCUGAUAUUAUUAUUACAAUGGCUGAUGAUCAGUACUCUCAAGAAGUCUGCAACUUGGAAAAUGGCGAGGGGAAUAAGGGCUCUGGAAAGGAGAUUUGGAAUGUAAAGUCACCUCAAACUAUGUCAUCUUCCAUGUUGCGGAAGAAAUCCGAUCCAAUGCUUGUGUCAAAUGUUAGGUUCAAUUUGCUUAGACAAUUUUUGGCCAAUUUGCAAGAGGUUUUUCUUGGUACCAAGCUUGCUGUGCUCUUCCCUGCGAUUCCUCUUGCUGUAGUUGCAGACUUUUAUAAGUUUGGAAGACCUUGGAUAUUUGCUUUGAGUUUACUUGGACUCGCCCCUCUUGCAGAGCGUGUCAGCUUCCUCACUGAGCAAAUUGCAUACUUCACAGGUCCAACAGUUGGGGGGCUUCUUAAUGCAACGUGUGGCAAUGCAACAGAGCUGAUAAUAGCAAUGUUUGCUCUUCACCAGAACAAAAUAAAUGUUGUUAAAUAUUCCCUCUUGGGUUCCAUCCUCUCUAAUCUCCUUCUUGUUCUUGGAACCUCUCUUCUCUGUGGAGGCUUGUCUAACCUGAAAAAGGAGCAAAGAUAUGAUCGAAAGCAGGCUGAUGUGAAUUCGCUUCUUCUGUUGCUGGGGUUUCUGUGUCACAUGUUGCCAUUGAUGUUCAGAUAUUCUGCACCACCAGGCAGUUUCACCGCCAACUCAACCCUUCAGUUAUCAAGAGCAAGCAGCAUUGUUAUGCUUGUGGCCUAUGUUUCAUAUAUCGUCUUCCAGCUGAAAACUCAUAGGCAGCUCUUCGAAUCUCAAGAGGAAGAAGAAGAAGAGGAGAAGGCAGUGAUUGGACUUUGGAGUGCGUUUAUUUGGCUGGUUGCUAUGACAGCUAUAAUUGCUGUGUUAUCAGAGUAUGUUGUGGGCACAAUUGAGGCUUCUUCGGAAUCUUGGGGCAUUUCUGUUAGUUUCAUCAGCAUAAUAUUGCUUCCAAUUGUGGGCAAUGCUGCCGAACAUGCAGGAUCACUCAUAUUUGCUUGCAAAAACAAGCUGGACAUCUCUUUGGGUGUUGCUCUAGGAUCUGCUUCUCAAAUUUCUAUGUUUGUGGUUCCUUUAUGUGUCCUCGUUGCUUGGAUCAUGGGAGUGCACAUGGAUCUUGAUUUCAGUCUCCUUGAAACUGGUUGUCUUGCCUUUGCAAUUAUAAUUACAGCCUUCACUUUACAGGAUGGAACUUCUCAUUACAUGAAAGGAGUGACUCUCUUCCUCUGUUACAUUGCCAUUGCUGCCUGUUUUUUUGUUCACAAAAUUCCGAAAAAAGGUGAAAACUUGGACAACUUGGGAGGUAAACUGUCCGUCGGAUUCAUCGCAGCAUAGGGUUUAUGCCCCAAAUCGGAAGAUAAUCCUUUGGUUAAUUUAUCACGUCAUGUCCUCUGGCACAUUGACUUGGAGAAGGAGUGGUAAAAUGUUUGUGCAUAAAUCUUUCUCCAAUGCCUUGAAUUUGUGAUAAUGUAUUUGCUUCUAAUUUCGUCAAAGUUUGGCAGAGGGGCGUCCGAAUUUUUUGUGUGGGAUAGUGUUGUGUUGUGUUGUGCACGUAUCUUAGUUCUAGUUGUCAUUGCUGUGCUGUUGAGCGGGCCAUGUAAUGAUCACUGAAUAAAAAACUCUUGCAUUUGGGAGUUUAUCCAA